CCACCUCUCUGCGUUAUAGAAACAGCCUCUGCAUUAGAGAGAGAGAGACAGAGGAGAUGGCACAGGGAAGAAGGAGUGCGAUGAGCUUGGUGGGUUUGGUGGUUGUGGUGUUUGGGGUAUUGGAGCUUAGCAUGGCGACCACUUAUACGGUGGGGGACAGCCAAGGCUGGACUUUCUACGUAGCUAACUGGCCAGAUGGAAAGACCUUCAAGGCAGGAGAUGUGCUUGUUUUCAAGUACGAUCCGGCUCUUCACAACGUGGUUCAAGUUAAUGGUGCAGGAUUCACGACCUGCGUUAUUCCUGAGCACUCCAAAACUUACCAAACCGGUCUGGAUCAUAUACUGCUACAGAGCGGUGGCAAUUUCUUCGUUAGCGGCGUUUCUGGUGACUGUCAAAAAGGAAUGUUGAUCGAAAUCUACACCGUUGAUGAGUGAGAAGGAGAGAGUAGUAUAAAUUAAGUGUAGAGAGAGAGACUAGUUAAAUUGUUAUUACAAGCAUCGCUGUUGUGGUCAGCAUUUUCACUGAUCAUAAGCGAUGAGUAGUAGUCUUGUAAGUAGAG